AUGCUUCAGGGCAAUAUUGUGGUCUGGAACUGCAGAGGGAUAGUUAAUCAUGAAACCCAGCGAGCCCUAGUGGAUAUCGUUUUGGCCAAGAAACCUGUUCUCAUCUUCCUUUCGGAAACCCUAGCACAGAAAAGUACCAUCGAUUCCAUCACACACCGCAUUGGAUUCAAGGACAGCUUCUGCGUCCCUCAUGAAGAAAACUCACAGGGACUCGCUAUUCUGUGGACUGAUGAUACUCAUGUGAAUGUGCGCAGCCAUUCUCCCAAUCACAUUGAUGUUGAAGUUGGCAAGACAGGAACUGAUCUAUGGCGGUUUACAGGUUUAUAUGGAGUCGCUGCUCGAGGUGGCAGAGAUAGAACUUGGCAGCUUAUUGAAACCCUGGCUGCACAGAUCUGUAACCUGCCAUGGCUGAUGGCAGGAGAUUUUAACGAAGUCAUGGUACGAAAGGACAAGUCAGGAGGGCCUCCCAGAGCGCUGGCUGCGAUGACAAAGUUUCGAAGAACGAUGACUCGGUGUGGACUCAGUGAUAUGGGCUUCGUUGGAAGUCGCUUUACCUGGUCAAAUCGAUAUACGAAAGAGCGUUUAGACCGGGGCUUUCAAACCACCCAAUGGAGGCAGCGUUUCCCUUAUAGUAGAGUUGUCACCCUCAGUCCUUCUGAGUCUGACCAUUGUCCGUUGCUAAUUGAGGCCAACAAAGAACCACUAGUCUGGAGGAAGAUUAACAGGCCAUUUCGUUUUGAAGAAGGAUGGUUUGGGCGUGAUGACUGCCUGAAUAUUAUUAAACAAGAAUGGGCUUUGCCUACGACUGGUAAUGCCUUGCAGCAAAUUGGGGUUAAAACAAAAGCGCUGGAGCACAGGCUUCGUGCAUGGCAUCGCACUGAUUUUAACAAACAACAGACUGAGCUGCGUGUGAUUCAGGAAAAACUUACAGAUUUGAUGAAACAGCCCCACUCAGUCCAACUAUAUGAGGAGCAACGUCAAUUGCAUGUGCAAUACAGUCAUUUACUGUCUCUUCAGGAGAAGUACUGGCGGCAACGGUCUAGGGCUCUGUGGCUUAAAGACGGGGACAGGAAUACUUCUUUUUUUCAUCGGAAGGCAAGCAAUCGUAAGAGUAGGAAUACAAUAAGGGGACUACUUGAUGAAAACAAUGUUUGGCAAUCUGAGACCCUUGAGAUCCAGAGGAUUUUAAAGCUUUAUUUUCAGAAUAUAUUUGCGGCAGAAACUGUUAAUAUGGAAGCUCUUGCAACUGUCAUUACGGCUACACCAUGCAAGGUCACAGAUCAUAUGAAUGAUGCGUUAUUGGCUCCCUACACUGACGAAGAAAUCAAAAAGGCUCUCUUUCAAAUGCAUCCAUCCAAAAGUCCUGGCCCGGACGGUAUGUCUCCGUUUUUCUAUCAGAAAUAUUGGAGUAUUGUGAGCCAUGAUGUUUGUUUGGCAGUGAAAAACCUACUUACUCAUGGGGAGAUGUGGACUGAAUCAAAUUACACUUAUCUAUGCCUGAUACCAAAAAUCAAAGACCCCAAGGAAGCGAUGCAUUUCAGACCUAUAGCCCUUUGUAAUGUUAUUUGCAGGCUGUGCUCCAAGGUUGUCGCAAAUAGACUCAAACUCUGGUUGCCUGAUAUUGUGUCCCCAUUGCAAAGUGCCUAUGUCCCAGGCAGACUGAUUUCUGAUAAUACGUUAGUAGCCAAUGAGGCAGCACACUUCAUGCACAAGCUAAAACACCAAGAAGAAGGUUUUUUCUCUUUGAAACUUGAUAUUUCUAAAGCCUAUGACAGGCUGGAAUGGUCCUUUAUCUAUGCUAUUCUAACCAAAUUGGGUUUUGCCCCUAGAUGGAUACAAAUCAUUAUGCAGUGUGUUACAUCUGUCACCUAUUCUAUUCUUAUUCAGGGCGAGCCUUCUUCUCUUAUUACUCCUACGCGAGGCAUCCGGCAAGGUGAUCCGUUAUCACCUUAUCUUUUCAUACUAUGCAGUGAAGGUUUGUCUGCGUUAAUCUCCCAAGCUAUCCACCAACAUACCAUUCGGGGUCUUACUAUGUGUCCUCAAGCCCCUACUUUACAUCAUCUCUUCUUUGCGGAUGACAGCAUCUUAUUUGGUUCUGCUACAAAUAGGGAGUGUGAACAGUACAAAUUGAUCCUUGAUACCUAUGAAAAGGCUUCAGGGCAGAAGGUGAAUUUUCAGAAAAGCAGUGUUGUUUUCAGCAAUAAUGUCCAGGCAGACCGACAACAAGAAAUGGCUACCAUCCUUGGAGUUCAAUGUGUCAAAGAGCAUGAUAAGUAUCUGGGAUUACCCAUGAGGGUGGGCAAAUCCAAAUCUGCCAUUUUUGCUUACAUCAAGGAGAAGUUAACAAAGAAGUUAGUAAGUUGGAAGGCCAAACUCUUGAGUGCAGCAGGUAAAGAAAUUCUCAUUAAAGCAAUAGCCCAGACUAUGCCUCUGUAUGCCAUGAAUUGUUAUUUAUUGCCAAAAUCGCUAUGUGAUGAUAUUCAUCAACUAUGUGCUUCUUUCUUUUGGGGGGACACUGAUGACAAGAAGAAGAUACAUUGGAGAAGUUGGGAGAAAUUAUGCCUCACAAAGUUUGAGGGUGGCAUGGGUUUUAAAAAUAUCUAUGCUUAUAACCUUGCUAUGCUUGGUAAGCAAGGCUGGAGACUUAUUACAAAUCCUCAUUCUUUGAUUGCGCGACUGUAUAAGGCCAAGUACUAUCCAAACUGUUCUUUUUGGGAAGCUGAGUUAGGUGAUUCUCCGUCAUUUUCUUGGAGAACCAUUUUCAGUGGAAGGCCGGUCCUCAAGGCCGGGCUGCAAUGGUGCGUUGGGGAUGGCACCCAAGUUAGCAUUUGGAAAGACAAAUGGAUCCCCCACUGCCAACAAUUUUUGAUCCAGAAACCACAGGAUUGUGUUUUUGAAUUAGUUUCGGAUUUGAUUGAUUCCCACACCAGACAAUGGAUCCCAGCUGCGGUGUAUGCCUGUUUCUCACCUGACGUGGCUCAGAAGGUAUUAUGUAUUCCUCUUAGUCGAAGAAUUUUUUGUGACAAACCUUGUUGGAGUCCUGAAAAAAAAGGAUUCUACUCUGUUAAAACUGCUUAUUGGAUUGCUAGAGCCAAAGUAUUAGAACACGUUCUUACUUCUACAUCUCAAGGUAAUCCGUAUGCGGAGUUAUGGAAGAGACUAUGGAAGGCAAAAGUGCCUGGUAAGGUUCAGAUCUGCAUUUGGCGUGCUUGUUCCAAUUUACUUCCUACAAAAGUUAAACUCAGUACCAAAGGGUAUGAGGGUGAUCUUCAGUGUAUUCUGUGUCCACAUGCAUAUGAAGACAUUUACCACGUCCUUUGCAAAUGCCCUACUGCAGCUGCAAUCUUAACUGCCCCUCCCUUUAAUUUGGGACGAAGCUUGGUACCCCAUGUUGAGUUUAAGGACUGGUUAUUGGAUCAUGCCUUGCAUCUAAAGAAAGAAGUUUUUGCAAAGCUCCUGAUGAUGCUUUGGGCUUUGUGGAAGAACAGGAACAAUAUGUUGUGGAACAAUACAACGCAACCUGCUGAUGCCCUAGUACUUAGCACGCUUGCUUGGUUUGAUGACUUCAGUAGGAUUCAUGGUGCUGACAAACCAACGCACCCAAAACAAAAGCAGUUUUGGAAACCGGCUGCCCCAGGAACAUGGAAACUAAAUGUCGACGGUAGUUUCCUUCCAAACAUUGAUCGUGGUGGUGCAGGGGGUGUUAUGUGGAAUGAAACAGGACAGUUUCAUGCGGCUUUUGCAACUCCUGUCCCGUAUGUAACUUCGGCAAAGCAGGUUGAGCUGUGUGCUAUUAGAGAGGGUUUAAAAUUGGUGACAGCAAUGCAGAUCAGCAAUGUUGUCAUUGAAACAGACUGCUUGGAGGCUGUCUCUAGUAUUAUGGACAUCCAUUUUACUCAUGUCUACGACGAAGGCAUCAUUGAUGACAUCCGCUGGAGGCUGCAGCAACGACCUGAUAUCGUUAUACAACAUACUCUACGUGGGUGUAAUCGAGUAGCUCAUUGUUUGGCUAAUUCAGCUUAUGAGGCUAGUCAUAGUUCCAUUUGGUCUGUGCGACCGCCAGCCUUCAUUCUGGAGGCAUUACAUUUUGAUUGUAAACAUUUGGGGUAA